AUGUCAGAAGGAUCUGGUUGUGUUGACAAUGAUGAGGUUAAUAGUAAUGUACCGACCUCUGUUCAUGGGACAAGUAGUAAUGUUCCAAUUCCUCUAGUACAAGAGCAUGAACUUGAAAACAUAUUCUUUGGGUUUAUGAACCAGUGGUUCAAUAAGUUUAUGCAAAUGAAUAGUCCGACUCAACGACCUCCACCCCUUGCCAUGCCUUAUGUUAUGCCUCCGGUUGUACCUCUACCUUCUCCUAACAUCUUGCAAGUUUUCAAAGAAAUGGCUUGCCUUCCUGAUGAUUUUCUUAGAUGUGCUGUUUCAUUACUAAGAGGGGAAGCGUAUAGUUGGUGGAUUACAUUGGGAAAUAAAUCAUUGGCUAAGUACGAGAGAGAGUUUGUAUAUCUCAGUAAAUAUGCCUGGAAGAUUGUGCCUACUGAGGAAGAGAUGUGUAUCCAGUUUGAAGAUGGCCUGAAUGAUGAUCAGAGAAAAUGGAAGAAGUGUGCAACUGCAAGAUUCAACGGGAUAGACGGAUUCGAGAAAUCGCAGUUAGAUCAGUUACCAGUUGUUAGUGAGUUUACUUAUGUGUUUCCUGAAGAGUUGUUGGGUUUACCUCCUAAUUGUGAAGUUGCGUUUGUGAUUGAUCUGAAAGGUGGCUCUUUGAGAUUGUGUAUAGACUACAGACAGUUGAGCAAAGUCAUGAUAAAAAAUAAGUGUCCCUUGCCAUGUAUCGAUGAUUUGUUUGAUCAAUUAAAAGGUGUCACAGUGUUCUUAAAAGUAGAUCUCAGAUCCAAGUAUUAUCAGUUGAAGGUUAAAGAUUGUGAUGUGUCAAAGACUUCUUUUAGAACUCGUCACGGUCAUUAUGAGUUUCUGGUAAUGCCAUUUGGUUUGACUAAUACCCUUGCUGCUUUUAUAGAUUUGAUGAAUCAGGUUUCUCAACCUCAUUUGGAUAGAUUUGUGGUUGUGUUUAUCGAUGAUAUAUGA